GUGCGCUCCAUUAACGAGCAGGACGACGAAGACAAAGUGUUUAUGUCAACUGAGCCUUGUCACUAAGACGAUAGAAAACAAAAACAGCUCUAAAACGUUUAUUUUACAAAGUAGUGAAAUCUCGAUGAUUAAAAUGAACGAAGUGUGAAUGAAUGGAUGAAUGUCUUCAGCUAAAACCCUCUCACCGCACUGUGUGUGUUAGGAAUUUGAAGCCGGAUGCUAACUUUAGUGGUUAGUAAACAGAAGAGAGACAGCAAUUAGUGGCUUUUGUCCAGGAUCAGAUUUUUUCCCCCUAGGUUGUUAUUUUUUUGCGAUCUGACCGAAAAUGGACACGAAUGUACAGAAAAGGAGGGAAAAUAAAAAAUCGUUGCGGAUUAAAGUUAUCAGCCUCGGGAAUGCAGAGGUUGGGAAGAGUUGCAUCAUUAAGCGAUACUGCGAGAAACGAUUUGUACCCAAAUAUCUGGCAACAAUUGGGAUCGAUUACGGUGUGACGAAGGUUCAAGUACGUGACAGGGAAAUUAAAGUAAACAUUUUUGAUAUGGCAGGACAUCCCUUCUUUUAUGAGGUCCGCAACGAAUUCUAUAAGGACUCGCAGGGGGUGAUUCUGGUGUAUGAUGUAGGACUGAGGGAGAGCUUCGACGCCCUAGACAGCUGGCUCACAGAGAUGAAGCAAGAGAUGGGCUCACAAGCCAAUAUGGAGAGCAUUAUUUUUGUCGUGUGUGCCAACAAGGUCGACUUGACUAAAAGGCGAGUGGUAGACGAGAGCGAAGGCAGGUUGUGGGCAGAGAGUCGAGGUUUUCAGUAUUUCGAGACGUCCGCUCAGAGUGGCGAAGGCAUCAGUGAAAUGUUUCAGGCCUUUUUUAGCUCCAUUACUGAUAUGUGUGAAAAUGGAGGGAAGAGACCAAACCCAGAGGUCAGUAUCGGUUUCACCAAAGAGCAAGCCGACACUAUACGACGUAUCCGCAACAGUAAGGACAGUUGGGACAUGCUGGGAGUAAAGCCUGGGGCAACAAGAGAGGAAGUCAACAAGGCGUACAGGAAGCUUGCUGUGCUGCUGCACCCGGAUAAAUGCGUGGCCCCGGGCAGCGAGGACGCCUUUAAAGCAGUGGUCAAUGCCCGAACGUCCCUGCUGAAAAAUAUCAAGUAAAACCCCACAGAAAUACCAACAAUCCUGGUAUAAAGAAAGCGUUUACAAAAAGAAACCGUGUGGAAAUGAUGUCAUACAUUUCUGUUUUCCUCUGCGUACCACCUGAACCGUGUUUAGUGAAGUGCUUGAGUUGAAUCUUUUGUGUGUUUGUGUGUUAUUCGGCUCAUACGAUACGAUAUCUUCAUACUUGUAUACUUAUGUACUCAUAACCUCAUCUCUGGUUCGUUUAGCUAUUUAAUUUAUUUAAAUGCGUCAGGUGGCUCCUUAACCAAGAAGGUUUAAAGUACCACAGUUUUGCAUUUCUUGUACGGAUUGAUGUCUUUGUUUGUUUUUUUUUUCAGUAUGACUGAACUCAGUAUGAUUCAGCAUUACUUUGCUGCUAUUUUUUUUUUUUUGUUAUACUAUAAACUUGAGUAAUAAAGAUACUUGAGGCUCAAGACGGAAGAAUUUCAUGGUGUACUCAAACAAGAAUGCUUCUCUCUCUCUCUCUCUCUCUCUCUCUCUCUCUCUCUCU